AGUAUUUUAGUGAUCAUAUUUCAGUCCCUAAUUGCAAGACAAUUAAUCCUUCUUUUCCUCCCACACUGAUUGUAUUGAUGUGUCAUCUGAUCUCAUUCCUGCCUCUUCAGUCUUCAUAAACACUACCAUUUUUCUUUUAUUUUCUUUUAACUGCUCUCUUUAGUUUCUUUUAUCUAAUGCACCACAAAAAAGACACCAAGAUGCUUGCUUGUUCUUGAUUUUUAAAGCUUUCAAUUCAAGCCGUAAAACCGUUUUGUAUUCUAUUGCCCUCAAAUGUUUUGAGUCACCUCAUUUUUCACUGUGUCAUGGCCAUUAAUGCUCAAGAUUAAGCUUUUGAGAGUUAGAAACUGCUCUUUUACUCUUUUUCUCAAAUGGGUGUUUGUAGUUUGUAGUAUAAACCAAUCUGGAUUAGUAGUCACCUUAAAAGGCUUAAAGUUGUUACCUUUUUGGUUGGUCUUGGGUUUUCUCUACUUAAAAAUUUAUUAUAGGGUAGCUUUUGGGAUUCAAAUUGAUCUUGGACUAUAAAGCUGUGGUUAAAAUGGGGAGAAAGAACAAGAAUAUAGACAAGGAAUCGAUUUCUGAGAGUUGGUGUUUUGUUUGCAAAGAUGGAGGCCUUUUAAGGAUUUGCGACUACAAGGGUUGCCUUAAAGCAUUUCAUCCCCAGUGUGUAGACAAAGAUGAUUCUUUCUUGGAAAGCAAAGUUCCCUGGAGCUGCAGGUGGCAUUCCUGCUUCAUUUGCAAGAACACACCAAAAUUUCAUUGCUUUUGUUGUCCAAAGGCUGUGUGUGGACGCUGCCUCUGUGAUAGUAACUUCAUACUAGUUAAAGGGAAAAGAGGAUUUUGCAGUCAUUGCUUAACACUUGCAGGGCUUUUAGAGGGAAUAAAGAGUCCAGACUCUACUUCGGGGAACAUAGACUUUAAUGAUCAAGAGACAUAUGAGUUCAAUUUCAAGGCCUAUUGGAAAAUGAUUAAAGAAAAAGAAGGCUUAACCUUAGAACAUGUCAGUUAUGCUGACAAACUGUUGAGUAUGGAUAAAAACUAUGGCUACUUAUCUGAUGCUUGUGACAUUUUUGAAUGGGAAGAAUAUGUUAGUGAAUUUGACGAAAAUCAAAUUAUAUCUGAUAAUGAUAGUUGGAAUGAUAGAAAAAGACAUAAAGGAAUGGGCAAAUGGAAGAGAAACAAAAAAAACGAAUCUGUGAUGGAAGGAAAGACAAAAUCAAAGAAAAAGGAAUUUAGUGGAUGGGGAUCAGUACUCCUCUUUGACUUCCUUGCAUCCAUUGGUAAAGACACAACCAAUGAAUUAUCACAACGUGAAGUUACUGACAUCAUUAUAGGAUAUUGCAACGAACACAAGCUUUAUGACCCUGAGAGAAAGAAGAAAGUUGUAUGUGAUGCAAGAUUGAAAUCUCUUCUAGGAAGGAAAUCAGUAAUCAAAAAUAGUAUAUACAACUGUCUGACACCUCAUUUUGCUGAGAAUUUUGAGCAAACAGAGGAUGAGACUGGAUGUAGUUCAGAAGACAAGCGCAAGAAUGUAUCAAUGACCAAUACAAGGCAGAAAAACUCAAGCUCAAGUGUAAAGUCUCAGAAAAAAGAACCAAUUCCAGACAUGCAGCAAGGUUGUUUUGCAGCUAUCAAUGCUGAAAAUAUUAAACGUCUCUACUUGAAGAGGAGUUUAGUGCAGGAACUGGAAAAGCAAUCUGAGAUAUUUGAUGCUAAAGUAAUUGGAAGUUUUGUGAGAACCAAAUCUGAUCCUUAUGACUAUUUGCAGAAAAAUCCUUAUCAGCUUCUGAAAGUGACAGGCAUAAAUAGAAGUUCAAGAAAUGGAGAAGUGAAUACCGAUAUAUUUCUACAAGUUUGUAAUAUGCCAAUAGACAUACCUAUCUGCAAGCUAUCAGAUGAUAACUUUUCUGAGGAAGAAUGUGAAGAUUUGCGACAGAGGGUGAAAGAUGGUAGACUUGAGAGGCCUACUGUUGUGAAGUUCAAAGAGAAAGCCAGAAAUCUUCACGAGGUUAUUACAAAACAUUGGAUUGUGAAAGAGUUGGCUCUGUUGCAAAACCUUGUUGAUCAGGCAAAUGAGAAGGGAUGGAGGAAAGAGCUUUCUGUAUACAUGGAAAGAUUGAUGCUGCUUCGCACACCAUCAGAACAAUCACGGUUGUUGCUUGAAGUUCCAGAAAUAAUUGCAGAUGAACCUGAGGUUGAACCUGCUGACAAGGACUUGUCCAGGAAGGAUGAACAAAAAAAGAUUACCAUGGCAGAAUCGGACCUCAGAAGGUUUUCAAGACCUUCUAGCGAAAGUCCAGAAGGCAAUGGCAUUUACUGCCCAAAUGAUACAGCAGAUUUUGCAGAACCAAUGCAGCAAUCUAAAGGACCUGAACUUGAAGAACCAGUGCAACCAUAUGAUAGUACUAGUAAUGCAAGUGAUGAUGAUGGUAGUCAUCAAGCAGAGAGUCAUGAAUCUGCUGUUGAAGUAAAGAAGAACCAUUCCGAAGCACCUUAUGCUGAACUACAUUCAGGACAAUUGCUUGCUUCUUCUUCACAGAACCAAUCCAACUUCCUUGAUUUGGUAAAGCAACAUACCUCUGGUACUGCUACUUCAGGAGGAAAGCAAGAUAAACCAAUGGAUGUUGAACAUGAAAAGGUGAAGAACAAUCAAAGUGCAACAUCAAUGGAGAUUAUUGAGUUAAGCGAUGAUGAGGAGCAAGGAAAGAGUACUCCACCAAUCAAGCAAACACCAGAUAACCUGGAUUCUCCUAUAUGGUACUGUGUGAGUCCACUUGGUGACAAAUUGGGGCCUUGCCCAAUGUCGGUGCUUAAAGAAUGGAGUGAUACUUGUCGCCGAGAUAUGAAAUUCAAGGUCUGGAAGACUGGGCAAGACCCUGAAGAAGCUGUUUUUCUGACAGAUGCUAUUAGCCAGGUUUUCUUUGGGAAGUAGAAAACCUUUUGAAGUUUUUCUACACUUUCUGACAUAGAAGACUUGAAGCCAAGGAUAGCAUCUGCUUUAUGAAAGAAUGAAUGUUUUAUCCUUAUAAUGUUCUUUUCUUUAUAUUAAAAUAAUAGCAUAGUAAUAGUCAUCAAUAUACAGAAAUUACAUAUACACAUCACAUUUUUCCUCAAUGUAUAUUGCAAGUUUUAAUUGCAGCAUCAAAGUAUGAGGCAGAUUCAGUAUACUUUGUUUU